UUUGAGGACGAGGUAGUUGACCCCUAUAUAGCUUUUAGGAAUUAUUCAUGACAGUUGUCCUGGGAACUUUAUCUCUCUCUGCUUCAGUGAGUUAAACUUAGCGGCACACCCAAGCAUCUAACUCAUCCACAUCGCUCACGCCAAGUGCUAGCUUUCCUUCGCAGAUUCUCCGCUCUCUGAAAUACCUUCUUUCCAAGCAACAGGCGAUAUGACGAGCCAUACCACCACUACCCAGCACACGGUGGUGACAGUGCAGCCUGGCACCACGACCUACACCAUCGGGCAGCAGAGGGACUGGAGCUCUGGCUUGUUCGAAUGCACCAAGGACAUGGGUGGAUGUCUGGUCACGUUCCUUUGCCCUUGCGUGACCCUGUGUCAGAUCUCGCAGAGGAUGGGAGAGGGUCUGGCUUAUGGAUGCUGCUGCGCCGACAUAGCGGCCUUCACACUCAGGGCUAAGCUUAGAACCGAGCAAAAUAUUCAGGGGAGCUUGUGCAAUGACGCCAUCCAUGUCAGCUGCUGUAUGCAUUGCGCGCUGUGUCAGAUGUCACGUGAGCUGGACCACGUGGGCAAAUAGAAAGUCCCCACAAAAAACCCGGUUAGGGUCGGCACGUCGUUUGAGUACAAAUUCGUCUAGAGGAAACAUUUCAUUUAGAGCUUUUUUCCGUUUUCUUUUUAUCGCAUAAAACUUCCCCACCCCCCACUCCCACGCUCUCUUUAUCUAGUCCCGUUCCCAGUCUCUCCACCGUCAUGCAGCAAAUAUCCAACGAGUUCUCCACCGAGUUCUAUAAAGUUUCUCUCUCCUGAGCCCUUUCCUCUACCCUUUCACUCUAUUUUUACAUAUUCAUUUGGACCUAGUUCUUCUCUUCAUGUGCAUCCUGUUGGCAAAUUUGUGUUGAAGAUGGUCGAACAAUAAAGGAUAAGUGAAACCCUGAAUAUUUAGCGUUAGGUUAAUAAUGGAAAAUAAUAUUCUCUUUUGUUAAUCAAGUAAUUAAACGUUACUAGAUCACGGCAAGAUGUACUUUUUGGCUUUUAUACUACUUGUACUGUUAAUUCAAUAUUUGUUAUGAAAUUGACACAAUACCUUUAA